ACUCACAGGGGGCUUAGUUAGCAGGCUGUCUGUUUUCUGUUAUGUCCCUAGCCGACGUUUCUAUUGACUGCGAGGUAUUUGCAACACAAGGAACAACUUCUGAGUGAACCGAGAGCAGCUGGAGAAGUCCUUAAGUUGUGGGAUGGCGUCUGACGUGGUUUCCCAAAACCAUGGUUCCAAGGGGAUCAUGACUUUUUACCCCACUGCCGAGGAAUUCAAGAAUUUCAGCCGCUACAUUGCAUAUAUAGAGUCCCAGGGAGCACAUAAAGCUGGUCUGGCAAAAAUCGUCCCACCAAAGGAGUGGAAGCCCAGAAGUUCCUACGACGACAUCGACGACUUGGUGAUACCUGCGCCCAUUCAGCAGGUGGUGACAGGCCAGUCGGGUCUCUUCACCCAGUACAACAUUCAGAAGAAGUCCAUGGCUGUCAGAGAGUUUCGCAAGAUAGCCAACAGUGACAAGUUCUGUAGUCCACAUUACGAUGACUUUGAGGAGCUGGAGAGGAAGUACUGGAAGAAUGUGACGUUCAACCCUCCCAUAUACGGGGCAGAUGUCAACGGAACCUUAUAUGACCCGGAUGUCAAAGAGUGGAACAUUUGCCACCUGGACACCAUUUUGGAUACCGUGGAGCGUGACAGCGGUAUCACUAUUGAGGGUGUCAAUACACCCUACUUGUAUUUCGGCAUGUGGAAGACCACCUUUGCAUGGCACACUGAGGACAUGGACCUCUACAGUAUCAACUACUUACACUUUGGAGAACCAAAGUCAUGGUACUGUGUUCCUCCGGAGCAUGGCAAAAGACUGGAGCGUCUGGCUAAAGGGUUCUUUCCUGGUAGUGCUCAAAACUGUGAAGCGUUUCUAAGACACAAGAUGACGCUCAUCUCUCCCUCCAUACUGAAGAAAUAUGGCAUUCCAUUUGAGAAGAUCACUCAGGAGGCUGGUCAGUUCAUGGUAACCUUCCCCUACGCCUAUCAUGCUGGCUUCAACCACGGCUUCAACUGUGCAGAGUCCACCAACUUUGCCACGGAGAGAUGGAUCGAGUACGGCAAGCAGGCAGUUCUGUGCUCAUGCCGUAAAGACAUGGUGAAGAUUUCCAUGGACGUGUUUGUGAAGAAGUUCCAGCCUGAUCGCUAUGAGCAGUGGCUGGCAGGGCGGGACGUGGUGCCCAUCGACCACUCACGGCCCACCCCGGAGGCGAAGGAGUUCCUGGGCGACUCCUUUAACGACGUCACCAGCAGCAACAACAGUAGCUCCAUCGAGUGCUGUGGGGAGGACGGAGAGCGGAAGAGCGCUACACAAAGGAUCGAGACCAAGAGACACCGUGUGUGUCUGGAGGUGCCUGAAGAGGUUGUUCCCAAAGAUGAAGAUGAGGAUGAUAUGGAGCAGUACGGAAAGCGUCCCAGGCUCAGUCUUAUACCUCCACGAACUACUGUACCAGACGGCAAGAGAAAUAAAGGCCCACCAAAGUUGGUCGUCACACCAACCAAGCUGACGUUAAUGGAUCCAUUUCACAGGGGCCUGACCCACGGUAACAGUGACGGAGGCCGUCCUCCUCAUUACACGAAGACUCGUGCGCCUGCAAUCUCAUCUCAGUCUCAGCCCAGAAAUGGACAUCUGUCAGUUUCAGUGGCACCAACGUGGACAGAAGCCGCAGCUCAGCCUGCCCGUAAAAUGGGGGUGGCCAGCCUGCUCUUCCACAGGACUCUGAGUCCAAAGGAUGCUCUUCAAGUGCACAGCUACACUCUGGAAAGCCAGCGGCAGCCUCACACACAGCUCCAGGUGCACAGCUACGCCAGAGAGCACCAGCCCCGUCAUCUCCAGCACAAAGCCUGCACACCAUUACAUACACAGGUUCAGGCUCCAUCUCAGGCCCCGAGCUGCCAGAGACUGGAGCCACAGCCAGAAUCUAAAGUCGUUGUUACCAAAGUAGCACAGAGUGAACCAGAAGCACAGAAGCCUGUGGUGCAAGACCAAGAGGACAACAAACCCAAAGUGUCGAAGCCGAUUGAAAGUCAAGCAGAAGUGGAGAAGAUGGAAGUCAAACCGACCGUCACUUCUGCUCCCCCUCAGACCCAAAUGCAGCCUCAAGACGUGAGCAACGAAACGAUGGAGGCUCCCAAGAACAACAAGCGAAAGAGUAACCAAUGCCCCCUUGCGGAUAACGGCAUUAUCCUCCUGAAAGACACCAUUCCUGUCAGCAAACCAGUCCAAGAUGAGGUGAAGGUGAUUCCUCACAAUCAUCACCAGGUGUCAGAAGAGCAGUCCUACUGCAAGGCGCUGGUGUCAAAGCAGCAACAGCAACAACAACAACAACAACAGCAGCAGCAGCAGCAGCAGCAGCAAGCACAGCUCUGUAAGCUGCCUCGCCACCACCCUCUAAUCAGGGAGCUGCACAGUGACGAUGAUGUGUAUGUUGAUGUGGAGGUUGAACAAGAGGAGAAAGAGGAGUGGGCAAAGCCGCUAACUCAGCUGUGGCAGUGUCGACCGUACAACCCCGAGGCAGAGAAGGACUACAACAGAAGCAUGGGCCAGCAGACGCCCUACUGCUCCAUCUGCCUGCUCUUCCACACCUACCAUCAGGUCGCGGCUCAGGACAUGUUCUGCUUUAAUGAUUCGGAGUCCAGUAGCGGUAGUUCCACUGUGACGCUGGUGAACCGUCCUGGAGGGCAGCAGUGGUCCAAACCGCUCAUCCCCGAAAUGUGCUUCAACACCCAAUCCAGCAAGACGAGCGACAGCGGGGAGGGACAGCUGUCCAACCCUCACGUAGCAGAGGACGGGACCAGCCGGCUGCUCAGCUGUGCCCAGUGCUGCGUCCGUGUGCAUACAAGUUGUUACGGCGUGUCUGGGGACGAGGCGGACCUGGACGACUGGCUGUGUGCCCGUUGUGAGGCUGAUGCUAUCACAGAGGACUGCUGUCUGUGUUCCCUGAGAGGUGGAGCUCUGCAGAGAGCCAACAACGACAGGUGGGUCCAUGUGCUGUGUGCCAUCACCGUGCUGGAAGCUCGCUUUGUCAACAUCACCGAGCGGAGCCCCGUUGACCUCUCCGCCAUCCCGCUGCCUCGCUUCAGACUGAAAUGUGCGUACUGCAGGAAGCGGAUGAAGAGGGAGGUGAAGGGCUGCUGUGUCCAGUGCUCCCACGGCCGCUGCUCCACGGCCUUCCACCCCACCUGCGCUCAGGCAGCCGGCGUCCUCAUGCACCCCGACGACUGGCCCUUCAUCGUCUUCAUCACCUGCCACCGACACAGAACACCCGUCAUACCUGAGCGCAACAAGGCGUCCAUGCGAGAGCUCGCCGUGGGUCAGAAGGUGAUCUGUAAAUACAAAAACGGCCGUUACUACCACAGCGACGUGGUGGAGCUGACCACCGCCACGUUCUACGAGGUGGUGUUCGACGAUGGCUCAUACAGCGACAACCUCUUCCCCGAGGACAUCGAGAACCGGGACUGCGUCCACCUCGGUCCACCUUCCGAAGGCGAUGCCGUCCAGGUGCGAUGGACGGACGGUCUCAUAUAUGGAGCCAAAUUCGUAGCGUCGCACUCCAUCCCCAUGUACCUGGUGGAGUUUGAAGACGGGUCACAGAUCACAGUCAAACGAGAAGACAUCUACAGUCUGGACGAGGAUCUGCCUAAACGGGUCAAGUCACGGAUGUCGGUGGCGUCAGACAUGCGCUUCGAGCUCUUCUCGCAGAACGACGUCAAACAGAACUCCAAAAGGCAGCGGGUCAUCAACUCUCGGUACCGAGAGGACUACAUCGAGCCCGUCAUCUACCGAGCCAUCAUGGAGUGAUUUUUAUUUUUUCCCCUGCUUUCCACGCCAUCGACCCGCCGCAGAGAGCCAAAGGUUUCCACGUCUCGGUCCGGCUGCUCUGCUGAUAAGAACGGCUGCCCUCCUCCGGUUCUUCCACGGCCCGUUGGCCUCCAUAUUUAUAAACUACGGCUGGGACUUUAAAUGACUUUUGUGUGCAUUGAGUAAUAUUCUUAGACCUCCAUUUCCCACCACACUCUGUAGGCUGGUUUUCUUUUUGCCUCCAUCAGAUUUUUUCUUUUUCUCAGGAAGAAGCCAUCAGUGAAUUAUUAAACAUGGAAAAGAUUGGACUAUCGUACUUCUGUUUCUCCUCCACCACAUUCAGCAACUGUACAGUAAACUACACGACGGAGCGUUUCCUCGUGGCUUUUCUUACAGACUCAUGCUCUUUUCAUAACAGUUGAUCACAGUAAGGUUUGAGGGAAAUGGGGGGAGGUUUCAAAGGAAGAGUCGUGCGGUUUGACUGUGAGCUCAGAACCAGCUGAUGUUCAGGUGCAACCCCCAAAGAACUGAAAAAGAAUAAUAAAGGUCUCAAGGUCACUUUUUUAACGAAUCUUUAGAUUGUACUUUCCACUUCAUGCUUCGGAUCACGUGUUGAGGACCGUGUUUCAUCUGAGGUGUGUCAUCCUGCAUCUGCUGUAGAGACAGACGACAUGUUCUACAGGCCCAAGCCUUACACUUCUACGGGCCCAGCGGACUUUGGGUUUUGUCCUGGUUUAUUAAAACUAUUGUAAUUAAUAUUAUUACAUUUUAUUUAUGCAAGUUCACAAAGUUUGAGAACAAAGCUAUUUUUGUCAUGUCCUUUUCUCAGUCUGUAGGAAAGCUCAGAUGUGUUUAUAUUUAUUAUAUUGGUAGGUUUUCAGACGUGCCGUCUACGUGUCGAGGCUCGCUUUUCCUUCGCAGGGAUUGGACGUUGAGGCUGGAUCUGGCUCGAGCUUCUACAACAACAAAAGCACUUAGUGUUGUGUCCGUUCACAGGACGCUGAGCGUGGCCUCCACUGCGUUUAGGUUUUCUGUGUGUUUCUAAUGACAGCUAGCUCUAGAGGUAGUGUCGGGUCAUAGUUGGACCGGAACUGCAGUUUGAGAGGUUGAUUUUCAGAUUUGAGGACGUUUUCUUUCUCUGUUGUACCUGCUCUAAAGUAGUCGUGUGCAGAGAGAAGCAGGACAAGGUGCGGACGCCCUUCCCAUGGCUACUGUUGUCCGUUUGGUUUCUCUGGCUCUGUCUCCAGCAGUGCUCAACCUGUACACUCUUUGUAAACAACUGUUUGAGUAAAGUUUGAGCUAAGAAAAAGAA